ACUUCUAGAAAGAUUCUUUGGCUGGGCAUUAGCUGUUCUAUACUUUAUAAUGUUCUUUAUUUCUCGUUCCGCCAACAAGCACCGUCAAAAGUAUGCUAAAUCAGCUCAAGCCCAACAAUUCUCUCCGGAGAUAGGCACAAAUAAUUAUGUUGUUAACACCGGAGGAAGUUUGUGCUGUAAAGGCGAAAAGGACGAUGCGGGCAGCAGCGUAUAUGAAACUUCGACACCAUUAAGCAAUUACGCCGGCACUACCGAAGCAAGCGAGAAAAUAAAUAAUUAUAAUGAAUCUCAUGCAUCGGGACAAAAUCAUGGUUUUUUAAAUGUUUCAUACCCGCCACCAUCUGCAUCACCAAGUUCUUCAUCAUAUUCAUCACCAACACCGCCAUCUACGAGUAAUAACAUG